CCAAUCAGCACCACUGAAAUAUUUUCACCGCGAUAAUAUUUACUGUUGCUACAACAAGUCUUGCUUCAAGAGUCAUUAUUGACAACUUUCUUAUAUCUUGAGUUGUGGAACAUUAGUUUUGAAAAUGGUAUAUGUGUUUUCAGAAUAAAGCUCUAGUAUUUUUGGUAUAGACUAUAACUAUAGUCUUCUUAUACCAAGGACAUCAUGUUAAGAUGUUAUUUCAUAUUAAUUUUAUUUUUAUGUUGGUUUCUUUGCUUGCAUUGCAUACAUCCCGACCACAUGACCUUAUCCUACGACAACCAUACCUCUACCAUACAAUCGAGUUAAUAAUAUUAAUAGGACUUCUGAUAUAGUGAUUUGUAUACAAUUAUUGCAAAAUAUGCCUUAAAUGUAUAUCUAUAUUUUAGAUCCUAUACUUAGACUAUAACUAUAUUUUUUAAUGAAUAAUUUAAUGAAUUAUAAUUAAACUAACUCACUAACUGUUAAACUUAUUUAUAUAUUGUGCUCAUACUCACAGCUAGGUAAUAGGCCUAGUGCCUAGUAAAGUAGUACAAGACUAAUUAAAAUUAUAAAAUUACUCUCACUUGCAAUAUAAACUUUUAAAAAAUGAUCAAGCUUAACUUAAGUCAAGUCAAGUGACUCAAACUUAAGUUACCACAGCCAAGUGCUGAUGCCAAAGUGCAAGACCUACCCAUAUUUUGAAAUAAUGUUACUAUGGAAUAAAAUAUUUAUUUAAAUUUGUUAUUACCUAAAUUUAACCUAAAGUUGAGUGUUUCAGAUAUGCUGAAAUGUUAAGUAUGCUUAAAUAUGGUGAUCUGAUUCUUGAUUUCAGAAAAACCUUAAUGAAAAUGAUUAAUCAAUUGAUUACAAUCUGAUCUGAAAAUCCAGCAAAUCAUUAUUUGAUUAUCGAUAUUAGUAUUUAGGGUUGACCUUUCUGCUGGCUCCUAGACCUAGUUCCAAAUAAUUUAGUAUUAACAUUAUGAUAAUUCCAAACCUAAGUUGGUCAUAUACUUGUAGUUAUAAGGAUAACUUUUGGCGUAAGUAUACUCCCAACUAACACCUUCACUGCAUGUCAUUGCUAUUAUAUUUAACCAAAUAUAGGCUAAUACUCCCCCUUUGAAGAGUUAAAUCACAGUUGAAGUACUGACAAUGUCAGAGAAUCUAAUAAGCUGAACAAUCUUUUGAUACCAAUUUUUAUGUCCCUUCCCCCAUCUCAAAAUGCUCAUCACAAAUGAAAGAAAAAAAUAGUUUCAAAAUUUAUUUUUGGUCUCUAUUUAAUUCUACAAAUGUGAAAAAAAAAAUAAAAACUGAUGUCACCUCCAACAUAUAUUAGAUCACAAUUUUUUAAAAAGAAAAAUUAUUUUGAAUGGCGUAGGCAUAACAUGGAUAAAAAAUGGCAUAGGAAGGGAGGUGUGAAGGAGGUGGUCCACCCUGGAUGACACAUUUUAAAAAAAAUAGUAGUGCAGCAUUUUUGGCCUACUUUCUCAUGGAAAAAAAAGGGGUGGGGGGGGGGGAAUUCUCAUGCUCCGGGUGACACUAAACCUAGUUAUGCCAUUGGUAUAAAGUAAACUAUAUAUUUGUUUUAUUAUUUCUAUUAAUACAUUGCUAUAAAAAAAUAAUAUGAAUUUCAUUUAUAUUUGCUGAUUAAUUUACCUAGAUGGGUAAGUAUAGACUAUAGAUAGAAUGAUAUUAUCAUGGUUAUAAGCUGCACCCUUUCAAAUAAUUAGCUGGUUCACUUCAAAUUUAAAAAAAAAUACAACAUUUCUUUGGAUUCAGUAAAUCUAGAUUUAAAAACUUAAUUAAUUAAAAAAUAAUAUUCCUGACUGAGAACUGUUUUUGAAAUAUACCAGGAGUUCUUAACAUUUUUAGUUAUUGAUUGGUCACAAUUGACAUGUCUUGUGAAGCCAAUGAACCUCAAAACUUAAGUGAGGUUAAAAAAAAAGUUAAAAAUAUAUGUUUAAACCUUGAAGUUUUACAGAACAAGGAAGUAAAUCCAUUCAACGUAUAAGAUUUUACUUAUCAUGGCAUUACAUUUCUGGUAAUACUCUUGACUAAAACUUAAUGUAUAAUUGUAAAAUCAUCAUCAAUGGCACUAGAGCCCAUAUGAGCCUGCUCCACCACAUUCUUCCAUUCGGAUUGAUACAUGGCUUUCCCCCUCCAUGCGUGAAACCCUAGCUGGUGUAAGUCCUUCUCUACAUUAUUGAUCCAUCUCAAUCUUGGUCGACCAGUGAGCCGUCUGCCCCUAGGUUUCUCCCUGUAGAUCACUUUUGCUGCCCUACAAUCUGCCAUCCUCUUGAUAUGUCCUGGCUAGUGCAGUCUCCCAUUUUUAUUGCUGUGACCAUGGGUAGGUGGGUGGGUGGUUAGAUUGGGUGGUAUAAUUGUUAACAAUUUAAAAAUUAUUUUUUUUUACAUUUUAUGCACAGGCAGAUGAUACACGCUUUGCAUUUUUUGUUGAAUGGUAUGAAGAACCAGCAUGCAGAACAAGAACAUUUCAGUUUUUCUAUUUCAGUGGAAGCAAAAGCAUAGAAAUGGUAAAGAGGAUUAUCACUGUCAUGUUAAUAAUAAGUUUUAAAACAAAAAAAAUUAUUAGAUUUUUAAUGAAAUUGAUAUGAAUGUUAUAUACGAAUUUAAUAAAUCAGCAAAGUGUUGCAAUUCAAUUUCUUUAAUUAAUAACAACUAAAAUAUUCAUUAACAAAGAAAACCCAAGAAAAACAUCAUUAUUAGACAUAAGCAAUAGUUGUAUUAUAUUUUUUAUGACACAUAGAGAAAAUUCCAAAACAAAUUCUGAAAAAUAUGUUUUAAAGCAGUUGGAAAUUUAAGAGUGAAAAAUAGAUUGUCAUUUCAUAAAAUGCUUUCUCAUUUCAUUUCAUAAUCUAAAAUUAUUUUACCAUCAUUUAUUAGGACCAAAUGUCACAAUUAAAACUGUCAUACAUGUUUUGGCAUUUAUCAAGCUAUCAAAUGGAUUAUAUAAUUUUUCAUGGUCUAAAGGUUUUAAAUUAUGACUGUUUAAGGGUAUUAAUACAUUUUUUUCCAAAUCUACAUCAGCUUUAGUUGAAUGAAUUUUUUAAUAAUACUAGUACUCCUAUAUUGAUUAUGAACUAUGUACAGAAAUGUUUUUUCUUUCUUCAAGUUUGACAUUAAAACACGCAAAAUGUUCCUGAAGACCAACCUGGCCUCUUCUCCAAUAGAACUGCAGGAUCUUUACAUUGGUGCAUCAAUUAAUGUAUUAGGCAGACAGUUGACCAUUGUAGAAUUUGGUGAUGAGUUUACAAAGAGAAAGCUAAUGAGCAAACUUGAAAGGUAUUCUGAUAGGUUAAAAUUUUUUUACAGGUUUAUUAUAUUAGCUCUUAAAAAAAGAUUAUUAAAUGAGAGAUAUCAAUUGACUCCACAGAACUAGUUGACAGGAAAUAUGUUUUAUGCAAUCAUAUAUUUGAGACAGAAUUCAUCAGCCCAUUGGGAUAUUUUUAACGAAAUCUAAAACUGAAUAAUUGAUUUUCAAAUACAUUUUAUAAAUUUUUUAUCUUUAAGUAAUUCUAAUUUCUUUUUGUCCUUUAAGAACUCUUGGAUUCAUCAAACCAGACACAGUAGACAAAAUGGGGGACAUCAUUUCAGCCAUCUAUGACCGAGGUCUUCUCAUCUCCAAGCUGAGGCUCUGUAAACUUGAGCACAAUGAUGCUUUUAACUUCUACCAGGAGCACAGUGGCAAGAGCUUCAUGAAGUAAGGACAAAACGUUGUUUUUUUUUAUUAAAUGCAAUUAGACAAAUGAUUUUUGCACUAUAAGUGUGGCCUGGAAAGUACUAUGCCCAAAGGUAUAAUCUAUGUAGUUCAUGUGCAGUGUUUGCAAACAUGUAUAGCAAAACAAGUUUUUUUUCCACUCUUUUAUAUUAAGGUACAUUUUUUUAAAUUUGUUUACGCAACUGUUCCCAAUUUUAAAGUCAUCCUAUUCCAUUAGUUAAAAUGCUAUUUUAUUAUUUUUAAAAAAUUAUGUUUCUAAAACCUGAUAUGAAAGUAAAAGUUUUUGUUAACUCUGAUAUAUUAUAUACCCUGAUACGAUGAUUGUUAUAGACCAAAAACACUAUGAAACUGCAUUAAACUAAUGCUCAAAUGCUAUAAACUUAAAAAUAGCUUUUUUUUUGCAAUUAGAAAUUAUACACCAUAAAAAAUUAAGUAGUUGAAGUUCUCAAUUGUUUAAUAUAUCUGUAACUUAAAUUCUCUUGUCCUAUUGGAUAUUACUUUACAGCAAAGUGUUUAUUUAUAUCUUAUAUUGUUUUUACUGUUAUUAGUUUGCGGAAAAGGCUCCGUUGAUUUGUUGCGCCCCCUUUUUUUCAGGUUUUCACAUACUUUUGCUCAUUUCCUUUUAACUUUUACCUAGCCUGAUUGCAGUCUUGCCUCUUCAAUACUUUUUUUCCCUUGUACAUCAGCUUUAUUUGGAGACAAUUUUAAAAAAAAGCCCAUUACUUAGGUUGUGGAAAAAAAAACAGAACAAUAAUGUCACUCUUUGAAUUGCUUCAGUUCCCUGAUGAACUAUGUAACAAGCGGGCCCAUCAUAGCCAUGGAGUUGGUUGGAGAGAAUGCUAUUCAGAGGUGGCGCGAGCUGAUAGGUCCCACUGACCCAUCUAAAGCAAGAUCGGAGGCAUCGUCUUCAUUGAGAGCUCGAUUUGGGAAAGGUAAUUGUCAGUGGUACAUUUGAAAUUUAACCAAAUAUUAUUUUCAAGUCCUCCCGGGAAAUGCAAAAAAAAUGUUUUCAGCCUCGAAUGUUUCAUACAUGUUUACUCUUAAAAAGAAGAUUAAAAUUUUUUGAGAGAUAGUUUUAUGUGGGUAAACACACAAUCUCAUGAAAAAAUUGUAACAAUCGUUUCGUUUGCCUUUAACACACAAGUAUUUCAUUUUUCUCUUAGUUAGUGUGAUAAUUUCAUUGCAGAUGUAACCCACAACUCUGUACAUGGAUCAGACAGCCCAGCCUCAGCAGCCAGAGAAAUUGAAUUUUUCUUUCCAUCCUGCAACAAACAGACAUUCUCAAACUGUGUUAGGGGAUCUGACUGCAGCCUGUGCCUUAUCAAGCCGCAUGCUGUCAAAGCUGGUAAGCCCAUACAAUUUGGAAGUUAUCCCUUGCUGCUUGAUGGUCAGAAAGAUGAAAUAUCAACAAAUUAUAAGGUAUGAGAAACCUUUGGUCGUAGACCAAGUUGGGGAGCAUAGAACCAAAGAAAUAGUGGAUGGACACGGGGGAGAGUUUAGACCAUACAUAUUUUUUCCUCAUCCUUUCAGCACCCUAAACAUCUGAAUGGAGCAUGUGUUUGGCACUUCACUGUGUCAAUACUGGGGGGAGGGAGAUCAAAGCAUGAGGUGUGGUUGGCAGCCUUGACCAUUCUUUUAUUUCUGUAGAUUAUUUUAUAAAAAGCACAAUAGGGGUUUGAGUUUCAUUCUGUUCUAUAAAUUUCCAGGUAUGAUAGCAAGUAGCAGUUGUUUUGUACUGUGAUUAAAAAAUAAGUAGACCUAUGACACUGAUAUUUCUGAUAUAGCUCAAAUAGACCUAUGACACUGAUAUGUCUGAUAUAGCCCAAGUAGACCCAUGACACUGAUAUGAUGAUAUUUCUGAUAUAGCCCAAGUAGACCUAUGACACUGAUAUUUCUGAUAUAGCCCAAGUAGACCCAUGACACUGAUAUUUCUGAUAUAACCCAAGUAGACCCAUGACACUGAUAUUUCUGAUAUAGCCCAAGUAGACCUAUGACACUGAUAUUUCUGAUAUAGCCCAAGUAGACCCAUGACACUGAUAUUUCUAAUUUAGCCCAAGUAGACCCAUGACACUGAUAUUUCUGAUAUAGCCCAAUAGACCCAUGACACUGAUAUUUCUGAUAUAGCCCAAGUAGACCCAUAACACUGAUAUUUCUGAUAUAGCCCAAGUAGACCUAUGACACUGAUAUUUCUGAUACAGCCCAAGUAGACCCAUGACACUGAUAUUUCUGAUGUUUCGGGCUUUUUCUUAAAUUUUCUGUCUCUAGACUCAGAGAUUUGAACAAAAAAAAUCCAAAUCAAAAUGAGAUCAAUCAAAGCUGUGGACAUGAUGUGGAAGAACUGUUCAAAUGAUUAAAUUUCUAUUUCUUGAUCUUUGAAGUUUACUUGCUGAUCAGAACAAAAUGUGUAGAUAAUUUUCUAUGAAAAAAAUUCAGAGAAGUGUUUUACAAGAGAAACUUAAAACUUUUAGAUUAAUAGUGGUAAUUUUGCUGUUUAUGUCAGGCAUAGCUGGCAAGAUCAUCAAUGUCAUUCAAGACUCAGGGUUCCUGGUCAACACAAUUCAGAUGUUCCACUUGGAGAAAGCCAACGCAGAAGAAUUUUAUGAGGUGUACAUUUUUUUAAAAGUUAAUUGCAUACAUAUAAAAUUAGCAUAUAAAUAAAUAUCCUGCUUAUGAGAUAAGCCCAGCCAGAGGCGUAGAGAAGGGGAUGGCAGAGGGGGGAGGGUGACAGAUGUCCCCGGGCACCCGCUAGUAAGGGGGGCCAAAAUGUGCCUUUGAUAUUAUUUUAUUGAUGAAAAUAAUGGGUUUGAGAGUUGAAAAAAGAAGUGGGGGGGGGGGCGCUUAAAAUUAAUCUUGUCCCUUGUCGCGAAUCUUGUCCCCCGGGGUGCCAAACAUUCUCACUACGCCUCGGAGCACAGGGACACACCAAGUCCUGGAAAUAGGGCCAAAAUGUGCCUUUGAUAUUAUUUUAUUGAUGAAAAUAAUGGGUUUGAGAGUUGAAAAAAGAAGUGGGGGGGGGGGCGCUUUAAAAUUAAUCUUGUCCCUUGUCGCGAAUCUUGUCCCCCGGGGUGCCAAACAUUCUCACUACGCCUCUGAGCACAGGGUCACACCAAGUCCUGGAAAUGUCAACUAAUCUUUUAGUAAAUAAGAGCUGGUGGAGAAACUAAAACCUUUUCUCUUAUUUUUAAUGUUAUUUUCAAAACAACAUCAUCUUGUUUAAAACCGACUAUGUGUUGAAUAAAUCAGCCAAACUCCCCACACAUCUACACAACUGAGUGUGGACAAAUUAAGUAUAUCAGUAAUGAUCACUUGACAACCUCACAAAUUUAAAUAUAUGUGUUAAAAUAUGUAUGCAAAAUGACCCCAUGCUAACAUUUUUUAUUUCUUGUUUACAGGUAUACAAAGGUGUUGUCCAUGAGUAUCCAGGAAUGGUGAAUGAGCUGUCCUCUGGACCAGUCAUCGCUAUGGAGAUAUUAGGGAAAUCUUCCAGUGAACAUAUUGCAGAAUCUUUUCGUGAGCUAUGCGGACCCAUGGACCCCGUAAGUUUGAUCCAAAUCUAAACAUUAGUUUAUUUAUCCAGAGCAGAGGUCCACCCCACCCACCACCCCAACUCCGGGUGUGGCUAGGAAUUAAAUUGGUGUGGUGCCUCAUAGAAAGCAGGUCUGCAGAGUCAUUAUUUUGUUAGAGCUUAAAAGAUAUGGGCUUUAACUAAUUCAUGUUAUCAAUCUAAAGUGAAAAUGGUAUAAGAGUUUCAAGUUUGGUUUAGCCUAUUUGAAAAAAAAAAAAAAAAAAAAAAAAAAAAAAAAAAAAUAAAAAAAAAAAAAAAAAAAAAAAAAAAAAAAAAAAAGUGAAUUGAAGUAAAAAAAAAAUAAUCAAAUAAUAACAUUAAAGUUUAACUCUAUAUGUUGUUUACGAGCUGAUGAGAACAAAAUACGUAGCAAAAUUUUCUAUAACAUCAUUAAAUGGUGCAGGGUAAAUGAUUGCAUCAAUCUUGUCUACUUCAACACAUAUUGAAUUUAAAUCGCAUCCUACCGGUACUGUGUUUUUGAUAAGUUUUUGAUACAGCAUGUUAAUUGAUAAAUUUUAUUAUUUUCAUUUGAAACUAAUUACAUACAGGUAACAUAUACCCUUAGCAGAAAGAUGAUAAAUAGUCACUGAGUCCCUGACACACAAAACCUAAACAUUUACUGUCAAUUUAUCAGGCAGAACACAAUCUCUUUAUAUAAAAAAAUACCAGUUCAGCAACCUGGUGCGCCCUGACAUGACAGGUCACCAUCUUGGUGCACCCUGACAUGACAGGUCAGCAUCCUGGUGCACCCUGACUUGACAGUUCAGCAUCCUUGUGCCCCCUGACAUGACAGGUCAGCAUCCUAAACUGGUUCACCCUGACAUGACAGGUCAGCAUCCUGGUGCACCCUGACUUGACAGGUCAGCAUCCUUGUGCACCCUGACAUGACAGGUCAGCAUCCUGGUGCACCCUGACUUGACAGGUCAGCAUCCUUGUGCACCCUGACAUGACAAGUCAGCAUCCUGGUGCACCCUGACUUGACAGGUCAGCAUCCUUGUGCACCCUGACAUGACAGGUCAGCAUCCUUGUGCACCCUGACAUGACAGGUCAGCAUCCGGGUGCACCCUGACAUGACAGGUCAGCAUCCUUGUGCACCCUGACAUGACAGGUCAGCAUCCUGGUGCAUCCUGACUUGACAGGUCAGCAUCCUGAUGCAACCUGAUAUGACUAUACCUCUGUCAUUUGGUUGGAUUGUAAGACAAAAAGUGGAGUCUUUGCCAACUUAUUGUUUCGUUUAUUGUUUUGUUUAUUGUUUCGUUUAUUUUUUAUUGACAGGAAAUCGCUCGCCAACUUCGUCCAAGAACACUUCGGGCCUUAUUUGGAAUUAACAAAAUCCAGAAUGCUGUCCACUGCACUGAUCUUCCAGAAGAUGGACCCUUAGAGGUAGAUAUAAAUCUUUUAAAGUGUUUUUAAAUUUCUUGAUUUUUUUUUUAAGUACGGUGAAGCAAAAGGACCAUUCAGACUCAAGUCAAUGGCAUGGAUUGUUAUAAAGGACAUUGGGUUUUUCCAGCCCCCAUAUUAAAUACUAAAUAGAAAACCCUGUUCAUUUUAUAUUUGUUUCCUUAAGUGCGUUAGUCUCACUAAAUUUAAAGUGGGGGGGGGGGGGGGGAUAAUUUUUAUGUUUGGGGUGGUUAAGGCUGUUAAUUUUUACUCCACUGAUGAUCAAAACCUUGAAAUUGUUAAUAAGAUUUUUUUGUCUAUUUUUAUUUUUUUCAGACUUAAUAUUUUUUUAGGGGGUGGGGGUAGAUAAUUUUUAUGUUUGGGGUGGUUAAGGCUGUUAAUUUUUACUCCACUGAUGAUCAAAACCUUGAAAUUGUUAAUAAGAUUUUUUUGUCUAUUUUUAUUUAUUUCAGACUGAAUAUUUUUUUAAAGUUCUGAGCAGUUAGACAGACACUCGGACGAUGUUUGCAACUUUAAUUUGGUGAUUUCUUUUUAUUAUUCAACUGCAUCUUGGCAAAUUGAUUUUUAUCUGCUGAACUUUAAUGCUAACAGAACUUGUUUUAUAUAAUGGAUUUAUUAAUAGCCACCCUUUGGAUGAAUUGUACAUUAACUUAAUAAUCAACUCUUCACCUUAAAGCAAUGCCCAGGUCUGUCAACAGAUUAGGGUCUGAUAUUAAUGAGGCCAUUGGGUAAAGUCUACUACCAUCAGCAGCAGACCUGACGCAGUCUCCAGACUGACUUGAGAUUGUUGAGCACUCGGGCUCUGAGAUCACCCUGGGACAGUUAGGUCAUGGUCAUGCUGUCUUUGGUUUCGUCCCAUCAUAAUUCAUGAUAGAUGAAUUUAAAUACUAGCACCUAGAUUUUGUCAUUGUAAAAUAAAUUCAAUUUAAGAGAUCUAAAAGAUAGACCUUUACUUCAAAUAGGGUAGGAGGCAACACAAGGGAAAUCUGUUGACUCCUGAAAUAUUUAAUAGCAAUAACAUUUCACAAUGAUCCACAAAAAUGAAUAAAUACAAGAAAUAUUUUAAAUUA